AUGUUCCAUGCGUGGAAUGGCCUGGUCUUCAUGCCCAUUGCGACAACAGGCGAUAACUUGCUUACUGCCGCUGAAAAUGCCCUAAUCUCCAGCCCUUCCGCGGCGCCCACGAAAGCCACCAUCACUGUUAAGCAAUCUUUUGACACUUCGUCGCUGCCGACGUCCACUACUACCUUCAAUUCCCACCUCAUUGUCGCAGCCUCUGCGUCGACGACAACAACCACUAUUUCCCCUCCCACCAUCGGUGAGGGUGUUCCCGAUGUCCUGUCAUCCCUCAUUGCCACUCGCAUCGCUCUCACCACUAACAAUGUGGACAUGAUCCCAACCGGUCCUUAUUACAACUACUAUAGCAUGUCGCGCAGAGGCCUAAUCGGCCACUUGCGACUCCGUCGCUCUGUGACCGGCGGGUCACUGCCUCAAGACUACAUAUACACCCCAUACACAGUGCAACUACUUGCAAUACCUGCGCACAUUUGCUCAUCGCGUUGGCCUAUUCGACAGCAUGCGCAUUUACGAAAGGGACACUCACCGCAAUGUCGGCGUGCCAAACCUAGUUUGCGCACUCGAAAACUAGGCCAUCACAAGCACUGUCAACUGCCCCCCCCCCCAUCGCCACAGACAGCCCUGACACCGACAAAUCAGCUACCAACCUAUCGUACGAAUAUUUUCAUUGCCAAUGCACAUCACGCCUUAACCAGGUCGGUCACUUGCGACUCCAUCACAAAGAGUCCGGCCAACCAGCGCCAUGAACAUUAAUCUACCCAUGUUGCCCUCCGACAAUUCAGCCAGCAUUGCCUAACCUCAUUCAGGCAUCGCAUGGGCCUACUCAGACACAUGCACUUACAAGACAUCUUCCGAUAAACUGCCACGCAACGAACCCGAUCACUACACUUUUCCUUGACAACUCACACACCACUCACAAACCCGGCACAGAACGGGCGACACUCACCUAAGUUAGAAGCGCAUUCUUCGGCUACUUCUUCACGUCCCCUCCACGGCAUUCUAACGCGUAUAUGUGAGACUUGAACUGCUUACUUUUUGGUAUGCCGUGCGACAAGUAAAGUCGUGUGUGGCACGCGUAGACGGCCUGUUUAGACCCACUAACCACUUAUAUCAAACCCCAAAAUCACAUGACUGAUCGACUCGGACAGUUGACUGGUGUCUGUGGGUGGUGAGAGAGAAGGAGGUCAACUCUGGGGACUGUGUCAGUACGGCACUCGGCGCUUUAUCCCCACUUUAAACUGUCCGCACCAUCAUGGCGCGUUAAAGGUCGCGGCAUGAAAGGUUGUCAACUAACGAUACGACUUGAUCUUUUCAGAAUGGAGAGAGAACGAGAUACUGAAACGGAUCCUUACUGAUGUGGUCUCUAUGGCACUCCCACUCAGCUGGAAUCUAAGUUGCCUCAUAUUUCAUGUUUGUGCGAAAUCCGUUAAAAAUCGGGAGAUGGCACCCAAAAAAUCCGCCUAACCAAAGCAGCCUGUCUUACAGGACAGGUGGUAAUAGGGGUUUUAUGGGUGAUGGUUGGGCGGGAUGUACGAUACUAGCCGACAGAAAGCCUUAGUUGAACAGGUGAAUGAUCGAAGUUGGCCCGCUCUCCGUUCCGUUAUUACAAAAAUUGGUCGUCAAAGUCAGUAUAGUGGUAACGGACGAGUGGAAGGCGUAUAAUCGUCUUCCCCCAGAAGGUUAUCUACAUUUCUCUGUUAACCACGCAAAGAACUUCAAGGUCCCUACCACCAGACGGCACACCAAUGCCAUUGAAGCAUACUGGAGUAGACUGAAAAGGAAACUCCAUGAGGGGGGCCAUGGGUGUGGACGAGCAUUUUGGGCUCACAUAGACAAAGUACAGUGUCGUAUUUGGUUUGGCCUCAAUGCCAUGUUUUUUGACAGAUGCCCGGGAACUGUUCCUGUCCCAUGUUAUGCAGACUUAUCCUAUUUAAAAGUGAUAUUGUUCUGUAACAAACUGCCAUAAUGCGAAAGUAUUCCGUAUAUUCAGGUGUACGGGUUUAACGAUGGAGGUUGGGUAACAGCGACCAUCGUCCAUGUAACCUCCUGCUAUGUUCGUUCGGCCGGCCCAUGUUAGGCCGUCGCGGAAAGUCCAAGAAGUGCGUAAAAGUAGGCAUGCAACCGCUUAUAUAGCCUGAAGGCGUUUGAGUCCACUGUUAAAGGUAUUAUUUAUAGGUAACGGAUUUUUUGGGUGCCAUCUCCCGAUUGUUACCUGAAAUCCCAAUCGUUUAUGUGUAGACCAGGCGUGGGUGGUCUGCAUAGUCGCAACUUUUGGAUCUGUCCAUCACUGCUCUUGAUCAGGUUUUCGGGCUACUUGUCUCUGAAAACGGGGCUCGUGAGAUUGAGGAGGGAGGGAGCGCGGGAAUUGUGGCGCAGGGCUACCAUCAUCAUCACCAUAAACAAAUUCACGCGCAAGUCACAGUCUAGACGAAGCAGACACGAUCGCUGGGACAAUAGCUUAAUUAGCCUGAAGUCUCGGAUUCCUGCUCGAACAAAUCAUCGGAGACAAAAGCAGAUACUGGUGGUUCAUGCACAGGGGGCUGCAGUAUUUAUAAGAUACAGUGGUCAUGCUACCGCAUACCUAUGACUAUUCACGGCCCCCCUUCAUCAAGGAUCGUUGCCCUUGGUAUGUUGCCAAUUUGAUGGCCGACAUUGGCGUCGUUAAUUGCUGCAAUUUCAUCACGUGCGUUGCAUGUUGUUGUGCUAAUUGCUCGACCAUCUGACUCACCGUCCCUGGGGUUGGGAACAGUGUUCAAAUGUGCGUUCCCCGUGCGCCUAAUUACUCCGCCUAGGCAAAGUCUCAGCACCGAAUAUUGAAGCGAAAGGCCAUUGCAAUUGUUAAUGGAUUGAAGGCUAGUAAACCAUGACUCAAGCAGCUCACGGCUCACGCGGUUGUCAUCUCUGGCGAGAUUUUCGGCCUCGCCGAAUUCGAAUGUGUGGCCGGAUAUAGUGGAAUGAGCCCUAACUUGAGAGCUGGCGUCAUUUCUCCGCACCGCUGCAGCGUGUCCCGCUAGUCGCGUUUGGAGCUGUCUUCCGGUCUCCCUGACGAAAUUGCUUUAUCUGCAACUGCAUUAGAUCCAAUAAACGACUCCAGACCUUUCUUGCCGUGGCAGUGGGUCUUUCGGUUUCACUACCUGACACCUGAUGGUCGCCUCUGGUCUGUGUGCAACUCCAACCCCAAGUGGUGCGAGAAGGCGGCCGACAGCUUCCAAAACGUUUUUGACAUACGGAAGCGUUCGCAAAAAUUUGGUGUUCUUGCGGUUGGGCCAUUCGUCCCUUUUGCGUAUGCAUCUGUUGACCUGUGCAACGAUCUCUGAUGAAGUGGGGAGACGUGAAUAUCCAUAGGUAUGCGGUAGCAUGACAACUGCGUCCUAUAAAUACUGCAGCCCCUUGUGCAAGAAACACCCGUAUCUGCUUUGGUUUCUGAUGAUAAGUUCGAGCAGGAUUCCGAAACGUCGGGCUAAAAAAAGCACCUGCCCUAGCAAUCGUGUCUCCUUCUUCAAGACUGCUUCUUGGUACUCGCCUUAUCGUUUCUAUUGGCAAGCCACAGUUUCUGUUCCAACGUUGCUGUUAGGAAGGCGUUAGACAUCACCGUUAUCGAUUAUUGAACUGCCGUUUAAUUGGCGGAUCACGUAUGGUGUAGUGGUUUACGCGGGUUCCUUGAUCAAGAUGGGAUUCCACUCAGGGCUGAUGUUUGGAUUGUCAUAUUUGAGGGAGUUGGAAUAAUAACUGCACUCAAGCCUUGCUCUUUCUGUUGGGGGUUCGAACCCCACCGAGGUCGCCCAGUUUAUCAUGAGUGUGUCGGAGGAAUUAUGCAAAUCUGCCAAAACACCCAUUUACUGUCAUAAGUGUCAAUUUUUUGUGACGCAUGUGAAUGCCCUAUUAUUGACAUUCCCGACCGCUGCGCGUUUUUGCUGACUGCAAACUAGAAUCUCAGUCCUGUCAGAGGCCUGCUCAGUCGGCAUAACGGAUUUUUUCGAGACAACGUGCAGGCGGCUGGUAGCCUCGAAUUUCAAGGACCAAUACCUAAAAGGCAGAUCAAACUACUAUCCUCUAUAAGUAGUCCGCUGCAUAUACAAAACAAUCUUCAAAUACGAAUGCAGGAAAAUGCAUUUUUCUUACCUUCGGGUGGCAACGGGUGGAAGGUAGUCAGGUCGUAAAGGAAGUCAACUCUCGAAAAGAGAUUGAUUUGAUUGUAUUUUCUGGGGUUUUCGAUUUCUACCUCCAAAGUCUCAAAGCCGUUCACUGGAAUGAAAUACAGAUAGUUACAACUGCCGCAUAGGAGAGGUAUUUAUUAAAUCUGAUCAGGUUGCAUAACAACAUAUGGGUGUUCGACUUUGUACCUGGACGGGCUUUUGAAUUCGAUCUGCCAUGUAUUCUGUUCUUCAUUCACGUGACAUUUGCCUCAAUUGUGCAUAAGCUGGCCUAUCUUACUCGACAUAUACUGACUUUUAUCUUUUUUGUUUGUCUAACCUACGAUCAUGAAGUCAUGCGUACACUGCAUUAACUCUGUUUUGAAAGAAAAACAAUCCGGCGUAAAUUUUGCACCGAAUUCACUGGCGACUGUCAAUUAUGUUGGCAUUUGCAGUUUGCGACUACUAUGUCGAAUUUGUGACUAUCGGGUGCUAUGUAUCUGCUAAACCCGUAUCUGCCCACGGUAAAAGAAGAGGGUUUUGCUGAACAUGCCUUCAAACUAAAUUGUAUUUCUUUCUCAUUCUCCCCAAUACAGCCUUCAUAAGUGGUUGCAUAGCGGCAAGAAAUGAGAGGUGGUAAAUCCUUUCGACACAACUGCGAGUGUCAUUCAGAAAUAAUAUUUUUAAGUAUUUGACAAGAGAGGCAAAGGUCGUUAAAGAACAAGGUAGCACACUGUAGACAGCGAACAAAACCAACAUCCAGUAGCCGCAUUUAAAAACAUUACGAAGAGCUAAAUUGAGCGCUAUGGACUCGCCAACAACUACCAGCCGUCCGUAUGAGCAUCGCGGGUUGAAAAAAACAAAAUAUCUGAGCAUAGAUUUGGCCAAAGAACUACAGCUGACACUGUGAAUCUUAGUACAGAACGGAAUAUUUAUUGUUAACUCAAGAGAGAGUAAUGCCAGUGGGGUAAGACCCUGAUGACUCUUUAGCUCCCGGGGCUCAACUUUAUUUUUUAAAAUCCGGCGUUCAUUACCGAGUGAAUUCAUUUGGGAUUUAUUCUACAGGUAAUGAAUUUUGGCGGUGACUCGUAAUCAUUUGUGGUAUUGAAUCAUUUCAUUGGCAUGUCCUUGUCGGCUUUUUACAAAACUUUUUUUGAUAUUUUGGCAGAUUUUGAAUAAUUCAUAUUGACCCAACUGUGAAAAACUCGGCGCCUCGGUGGGAUUCGAACCCACGCAGUAAGGGGGAAGGCUUUAGUACAGCCAACGCUCUAACCACCUGAGCUACGAGGCCCCGCCGGACGACGCGAGUUUUAUCACACUUGGGUCAAGUUACCCGCCCAACCUAGUGCAACGUCUGGAAUCUACCAAAUCUGAUACAGUAAGUUGACUGCCCAAGCAGGAUUUCCCAAGUAAUUCACCUAGAAUCGUAGCUCAGGUGGUUAGAGCGUUGGCUGUACUAAAGCCUUCCCUCUUACUGCGUGGGUUCGAAUCCCACCGAGGCGCCGAGUUUUUCACAGUUGGGUCAAUAUGAAUUAUUCAAAAUCUGCCAAAAUAUCAAUGAAUUACGUGAGCCUAGUAGUCAUCUGGUGGAUUCUAGGUGAAUUACUUAGGAAAUCCUGCUUGGGCAGUCAACUUACUGUAUCAGAUUUGGUAGAUUCCAGACGUUGCACUAGGUUGGGCGGGUAACUUGACCCAAGUGUGAUAAAACUCGCGUCGUCCGGCGGGGCCUCGUAGCUCAGGUGGUUAGAGCGUUGGCUGUACUAAAGCCUUCCCCCUUACUGCGUGGGUUCGAAUCCCACCGAGGCGCCGAGUUUUUCACAGUUGGGUCAAUAUGAAAACUUUUUUUGUUUUCAGCUAACUUUUAGGUUGUGAGACAGAUAACGUAUCAGUUAAUGCAGUUUCGUCAACAACAUGUAGCGUAAUUGGGGUACAACUAAGGGCACGAACCUAUAGUAUAUUUGCAGUAUAUGUGCUUCGAUUUGUCCAAAGCUUCACAGGUAUUGUGCUUGACAAAAUACAGCUGAUGGUCCAGCAUAAGAAACUGAAAUUCGUUUUUUGAAUAGGCCACAAGCUUAGCCCUCAUAUCGUCAGACUGGUAGGUGCGCUUGCUCAAGGGGAAUGAAGCAUCUGAAAAGCAAAAUAAACAGGGCUUGUCACUAAAACAGCCGUUUCGCCAGCUUCGUUCUUUUGGACUCUCAGUGCAGUCCUGAAUAGCACAGAACGGUCAGUAUUACGGACGGAGAAAUUAUUUUGGCCAGCGGAGUUUGGGCAUUUUUCUACCAACUUGUAGGCCGCAGCCUUUCGUACUACGUGAAGGAAGUAUAAAUACCACGGACUAAAGAACGAAAGGUAAACAGGACACAGCCCACCUAGUGGAAUGUUAACCAAAACUCUGAAAUGCGUUUCCGAUUAAAAAGGGAUUACUACGACGGUGUAGAAAGAUCAAUUCAUGUGUGGGCCCAUUUCAGAAUAUUUAUUUCAAGCUAAGGUGGCAGUUUUGAAUCGUUUUAACUAACAAAACUCAGUAAAAAAUUACUGUUUAAGUGCUACUAUUUCUUUACAUUCAUUUUCUAUGCACUUAUUAAUUCAAAUGCAUUUUAUGGAGAAUAUGGCCAAACGUGCCAUCACUUUAUUGAUUUCGCAAUACAUAAUGUUUUGUCCAAAUUUUCUACUUAAAAAAUGUGCACCUUUCGAUCUUCACUCAUGUGGUUUUUAAGUGCAUGAAAUACUUAUUCAUACAGCGCCGUCGCAACCCGUUUACUAAUGCUGAUUGUGAAGUACACAAAAUCGUCCACACCUCCUGUGUCGAAUUCUGGCGAAGCUAAAAUAUUCGAGGAUUACGCCGCUUGAUAAUAAUUACAUCUACCCCACCAAAGUUAUCCCUUAUGAUCUAAAAUACAUCUCAGACUUUCGUUGAACAAUUUAUGCGGUGGGCCAGAUAGUAUACACAAUUUGGUGUGUAUAAGGUUAAAUAGACAGAAUGGAAUUACCGACAAAAACAUGGGAGACAAGUCUCCCUUGUCUUUUUCAAUAAUACCAUUCUGCUUAAAUCAUGCGCCGCCGUGUGGUUGCCGGCUGGGCUCGAGGGAACCCGUAAGGCUCAACGGAACGAGUGAGUUCCGUAAUAACGACCGGUGAGCGCCCCCUACCCUUGUUAAAUAAACAUUCUCGUUGUCAAUUCAUUUUCAUUGCAACGGUUAGAAUUUUAAAAAAUAAUUGCUGACAUGUGAUCGCCUAUAGGAAACGAAUGGAGUAUGUCAUUUCAAGUUGGGAGAAAGUCGAUCUCAGCGAAAAACCCGAGCACAAUACGUGUCUUUUUUACCUUGUUACUAAUUCAGUCUACAGCUCAAAUUAACACGCUUUGAGAUGGAAGGUCUUGUUGUGAUCCAAGCAUUAUGAAUAGGUUCUGUGCAUUUUAAAAUGUGCUAGCAGCAGUUUUCUGUCGUCCAAAAUAACUCGAACGUUUAUUUUGGAAGAGAACAGAUUUGGGACUUGUAUAUUUUCAUAAGAGCAAGUAACAAGUAUGAACUCAGGUGUUUGCCCACUGGUGACAUUGUGGCUCACCCUUUGAAAAUGUACUCGAACAGAAAGACAUUAAUGAGAACGAGCCAGGUUCUUUGAUAACUGCAUUUUGUAACUGUUUUUCAGCAUGGCAUACUAUACGCCGGUUAACAAUUCAUUCGUAAAAUACAUAAUCUUGCCCUGUUUGCUCUGCUGAAUGGCAAAAAGUCAUUCCAAAUCUCAAACUGCUGUCUAUGCAUCUGCAGCACGCCUCUCGAUUAACCCAGGCAUUGUGUUAGGUGAGUUCUGGGUUGUUAAAUGGUCUCAGACAAGUUUAUGCCUGCAAGUAGCAUAGUUUUAAACUAAGCAGAAACCAGAACCCCGAAUUAUUUAUAUGAAAUCCGUUUACUUUCUUGUCAACUGUCACAAAAGUAAACGCCUCUAUGGGUACUCGGCACAAAACCGUUCAUUUAACAAUAUGUCUCUUGGGCUUACUGCCUUAUGGCCAAAAAAGACAGUCAGAUGUAACGCAGAUAAAUGGCCAGCACGGUCUUACUUUCCCUGCGUUUGGGAGCAUUCAUAAAGGAGCAAACACUAUCUAAGAUGGCUGUUAUGAUAAUUUAACAGCCUAAACUAGGCUCUACGCAUCGGCGUUUGGAAUCCUAAUUUCAAAUAUGCAGCUGUAGGCACUGCGUGUAUGUUUGGUCGGUUGAUUACUGACAUUAUUUGCGACAUACCUGCCCACAUCUGUCCUCAGGAGACUACACGUGGUUAAAAAAUACGGGAAGUUCCUCUUUCUGUGGGCUAACAAUUGAGUGAAAGUGAUACUUAUUCAAAGUGUUCCUUACUGUAUGAGCUCUCCGCUAACAAGUCUACGGAUGAUGGAUUAUUCCUCCCUUUAAACUAAGAAAUAUCAUGGUGAAAAUCCUGCAUAAUAUACUAAUUGAUUAUCCCAGGGUUUUUAGUUGGAGUUCUUGUUGAGUCCAUAUGGCAGCACAGGGCCUACAAGCCUCAAGGUGGACAAUACGAACUAUAAAUGCAUACUUGUUUUUCGUUAUUUUGCUAUUGCAUGGUUAUAUUUAAGUCGACGUUUUAAAUCAUAAGCGUCAUAAAUAAACAGAUAAAAGAGCCUUUAACUUCGUUUAUUUGCAUACGAAUUAUGCGACCCCAUUUAAAACGAAAUAAACUACUCUGCUUCGGUAAAUAUAUAAACCAGUAAACAAGGUGACGAAAUUAAGCUAUUCUUCAAAAAUGGCAGACACUGAUUGCUUGGGUGUUUUAUGGACGACCUUGUCAUUAUUACAAGCUCAAAAGCACCAUGGUUUUCUUAUUGGCGUUUACGUAAUCGUAAACCACCUUAGUCCACAGCCAGUCUUCAUAUCGGCUAUGUAAGUUACAAAAUAAUUACAGUGAAUAAUGUGGGGUAAACUAGAAACUCACUUGAGUUUGCCCAGCAAAGCCCAGUAAAUGCAAGAAAAGCGGACACUAAUGAAAGCGGCAUCUUUCUGCGCUUGAGACAUGCGGUGCUCUAAUACCUCUGAACUUAUACCAAACCGCACAGCCCCACCCCGCUGCAGUUGCUUCAUAUGGCUGGUAACUUGGGCAGACAGUUUGACCUCCAUGAUUAGUCAUCUACAAGGACCUAUUCAAGGAAUGUUCCUUUGACUGUUUUAAACACGUUACUGCUGGCAGUUCAACAAAUGCGUGAGGAAUGAAAAUAGGCCUAAGGAGAGCCAUUAGAAGAGGGUUUAUUCAUUUCAUAAUUUUGCCAUCAUCGGAAAGCAAGCGUACGCAUUCAUUCUACCCGCUUUCGUGCCCGGAGGUAAAGUUGGUGGCGCUAAAACGAAUUUCAUUUUCAAGCAAAGCAGUGAUUUCAAAAACGGGAUUUUGUCCUUUCCAGUAGGAGAGAUACUAAAAAAAAAACAUCCACCCGGGAAUGAUCAACACAAUCGUUUUAUGAUAAACUUUCAAAAAGCAAGGAGGAAUUCAGUGAAAACAGUGUACCUUUCACUGUACACGCUUCACAAGUUUCGGAAUUUCCCACUAACUGAUUCCACUGAAAGCAAAUAGGUCAGUGGGUAUUUUUAACGAAGUACCUGUGGGGGGGCCGACCUUGCUUCAACAAAUCAGAAUUGCUGUUGUGUAUAAGGGCACAACAGCGACACUCGCAUUUAGGUCGUUUCGCAGAUCAUGAAAGAGAAAAAGGAUACUAGGAUGUGGUGGACAAGGGGACAGCAAAACUGCCUGAUGUGACUUUGAACAGUUGGAGGCAAACAUAAAUGACCAAAAUAGAAGAAACAGUUAUUGUGACAUCUGAAUUGUCAUGCCGUUCUGUCGAAGAAAAUAAGCGAUACGGAUAUAUCUGAUCAGAUUACGGUGAUGUAAGAAGGUAAGUUGGGAAGAUAAGGAACGCGGGAAGCUGGUAACCAACUACAAAUGAAUGAGUAACCCGACAUUCUUGACUGAGCCGCGAGGUUAUAGCGUGCCUUCAGGACGUUUGAAAUUUCAUUCGGUUCUGUGCCCAGGAGAAUCCCUAAAAUUAUUUGUGCAUUCUUUGUCAACAGUUGAAUUUCGUGUGCAUUACAACUUUCAGAACAAAGUAAAUAACUGAACGCAUUCUUUGCAGUGCUUGAGAGUAGAGCUGCCAUUCAGCAUAAGCAACACUAAGUUCAAACACCGAACGAUCAACGUAAUUUUCUUGAAAUAGAAAAUUGUGAAUGGCUUUCCAAGUCUUAGUGUAUUGAACGCGAUUACAAGGGAAAAUUAGCGCUUGUUUUCUUCCUGAAAACUGUAUGAUGUAUAGGCAGCAGAUUGGCUGUACGCCGAUUACCAACUGAAAUAUUUUUUAAUUUUCUAACAAGUGACUCCGAAAUCAGCAUCAAGAAUAGGGAUUUGAAAGACCAUGUUAAAAAAAUUAUUCCUGAAUGAUGGUGAUGCUAUACAUGGCUAAACACAAAAAGUAUCCUUAACUUUUAAAAAUCCGGUCUGCAAAUUAUUCGCUAUGUCGUGAAAAGACGCGCAAAACCAGGAAUUCAAAUUUAGUUUUAGGAACCAUGUAGGCCUCUAGAGGUACGUGAGCACAAACCCAGCCAGAUAUUUCUCCCUGUUCCUCCGAUCUCUUUUUACAUUAAUAAUCAGAUUAUUUUUAUCAUUUAGGAGCAGGCAACAACUUUUAAUAGUAAACGGAUUCCUUUGUGGGAAGAAGCGAUAUUUAAAGAACUGUUACGUUUACCAACAGUCCAAGCCUCUCUGUCAACUGGAAAUUGGAUCGUGCCCAUGUCUGAUGGAACUAAACACCAACUCUACGCCGCAUUGUGUAAAGAACGGCCACUGGGUGACCGUAACGCGAAUACUGAUUACCUUCCACCUUAAAAAACAAAAGUUCAUGAGUUCAAAUAAUAAACAUUCCGGUAUUUGCUUAGUCACCGCAACUCUCUUAAUCUGUAACGUAUCAAUCGGGUAAUCAAAACGCCAUUGUUGAAAACGAAUAAUAAAUCAGAAAUACCCAUUGUAUUUUUCCUGUUGUUUUCAGAAAACACUAUUUAUGUUGAAUUUUAAAUAAUUGUAAACACGACUUCGAUCCUGUGCACAACAGAUUUAUCUAUGAAAAAAACCAAUGCAUAGCAGGACAGGAAUCCAAUCUCAGACUGAGGAACAAAGAGGCCCUCUAGAUGUCACAGAGCGCAAAAAAGCCUGGUAUUUCUCAUAGUUCAGCUGAUGUCUUUUUGCCCGUCCCUGCUCCCACCGCUGCUGCAGCUGUGGGGCACACGGUGGACAUCGUCGAAAUCGACGGUCGAACUGUCAAAGCGGAUUUAUUUCCAGUUAUCUAGGGGGAGAUAGAGGAUUCAGAUAUAAAACGCGCUCUUUUUCAUGAAAAAGUGAUUUUCCGAAAAAAAACAAAUACGUGUAUUGAAUGUCCGUGUCUCUCUGUCAACCAGUAUAGGAAGCGUGUGCAGUGGUUGACAGGACAGCAUCCUCCGUCCGCGCAUGUCACAAACCACCUGGCCUCUCAUACUCGUAGCGGGGUGCUGUAAGGUCAACUCGGAACUCAUAUGCGUGAAAAUGACAUACAGUAGGUGGGUUAACUCAUGAAAUGUCAACAGCAAUUCCGAAAUGUGUUUCCGUUUCGAAAAGAUUAAUUAAAUAGAGUUUUAAAACUAAUCAUCGUGCAGUAUAGUUCUACAAUAAAUCAAUUACCCGAGGGCACCGGCUUUCAAACAAACUUCCUUUCGGCUACAUCCAAAAGCCAUAAUUCAUAAAAAAUGGCUACUUAAUUACCAUUCAUUUUUUCAUUGAUUUCGAUGCCUUCGUAGAUUCAAUUAUAUUUCAUGGAAAACAUGCAUUAAAAUAUUCAUUCCUUUGCUCACUCAGUAAAAAAUUACGUCUUCUUUCAAUUUUAUACUCGGAGGAAUGAUAUAAUUCGGUUUUAAAAAGUUUCUAAUUCUGAGGUUUUUAAUGCCGUGAAAUGGCCCUUCAUAAAAGAUCGUCGCCUCAUUUUCCACUGUGGCUCAAAUCCACUGCUUAAUUUUAUGAACCCUAUAUGGUCCCUCUUUAUAACCGUAGAGAAACGUUUGCUUUUCCGGACACGGAAAUAAUACGGCUUGUAGUUUGGGGACCCUGAAUGCAAGUGUAACGGCAGGUCGGGGUUCAAAAUUAUUCGGGAAUUAUAAAUGUUUUAUAAAACCAAAUUAUACUCUUCCUUUGAGAGUAAAAUUAAGAUAAAACGUAAUGUCUUACUGAAUAAACAAAAGGACGAAUAGUUUGUGCAUGUUUUCCAUGAAAUAUAUUUGAAUCCUUAAGGGCUUCGAAAAUCAAUGAGAAGAAUUUAUGCUACUUAAAUUGUCGCUUUUUAAGGAGUAUGGUUUUUGGAUGCAACCAAAACAGUUUGCUCGAGAGCCGGCGUCCUAGGGUAACUGAAUUAUCAUGGAAUGAUGUUGCACGAUGUUUGGUUUUGCAACCCUACAUUAUUAUCCUUUUCGAAACGAAAACGUAUUUUGGAAUUUCUGUUGAGAUCUGAUGAUUUAGCCCACUUACUGUAAAUGACAAAUUGUGAAUAGGAUGAAGAUGAAGCAGUUGUGCUACGGAAUUCGGCAGCAGAAGUAAAGGUGCAUGAAUCUAAGAGAUAAGCGUUUAGACCUUUGCCUAGUCUCUGUCAGUUGUUAAUGUUUAAGUCAACAUACGGGUCGUAAAAACGCCGCGGGUGAUAACGAAUAAUAAACCAGAAGUGGUCAUUCCAUUCUACCUGUCAUUUUUGGCUGACUAUGAGAUACUUUUUUAUGUUGACUUAGAGAUGGCUGCAAACAUAGCUUGGAACUUUUGCGUAAAAGUGUUAUUUGAGGUAAAAUUCGAGGCAUCACGAGACUCGCCUCAAACCAACUGCUACAAAGUGGGUCAAAACUUCACAUGAUGAAAGGCAACUGUGCUGCCACGUCAACAACAUGCUUGUGACUCCAAUUACGGCAAAAGCAAGGUGGGACGACAACUGCAACUUUGGUCACAGAGGUCACGUAGGUAUUUCUCCUGGUUGGCGUGCCAACUGGGUCAAAAUAAAAUUGGAUCUAAUGCAUACAAGAUAGCACAAAGCAAAUUUUAAAACAGUCCGCAUCUUUUCAAAUAAAUUGUUAACUCAUGGUACAGUCCACCCACGACAUCAUCCCAUCAUCUUGGGGAUUGUUUACACUUUAGAUGGGCAAAGUUGAGAUAUCUGGGUUGAUCAUUUGAAGACGAAGGCAGGCUCUCCGGAAGAGGUUUAUUUAAGUGCAGACGUUUCAAAGAGCUGGGUCGGCUCUUCAUUGUCAAUGCGUAAAAUGCACUUAAUCGAUCAGAAAUUUAAUUUAAAGUGGCUGUUGUGUUGGCCGGCCUCAUGCUGAUCGAUUUUUCCCUCCUCUCGCUGCCUCGGCCUCUCGGGAGAUAGUUGACGGGCGUUUUGCCUGUGUGCUUUUUGAGUCACCACUCCGUCGAGGGGAACUGAUUGGACUUUAGUCGGGCAGUCGGUUAUGGCGGUUCUUCUUCUUCCUUACCGAGUAAACUCAGCGUCGGGCUAUCUCCGUGCGGCCUUCUUAAGACCGGUGUGGUUGUUUGGUCCUGAGCUCUACGAUUGUGAUGACGUAGGACUUUGUAAGCUCCAGGAAGGUCCAGGUGCCUGUUGGGCGUCCAGACAACGACCAAAUGAGCAGCAACCCGAAGUCUGGAGGGUCAUUCCUUACGCUAAAGGGGUCUCUAAAGCGAUCUCGCGACUGUUACAACCCACCAGAGUAGACAUAGCCUAUCGACUAGAAGCAACAAUUCGACGUCGCCUAAUGCAACCUAAGGACCCAUUGCACCCGCUGAAACCUCAGGAGUCAUCUAUAAAAGAAAUUACAAUGAGGACGACUGCAACUAUGUAGGCGAAACCGGGCGGAAGUUGCAAACUCGCCUACAAGAACACAAAUCGGCCACUCGGAGGUUAGACCCUAACUCUCAACUAGCAACACACGUUGGAGAAACGGGGCAUACUUUUGACCUCCGGAGGGCUACCAUCUUAGUCCGACGCAACACAAAAACAAAACGGCUUACUCUCGAGGCGUGGUUCGCCGAUGCCCACUCUAUCAACAGGCAUCUGGACCUUCCUUCAGCUUACAAAGUUCUACGUCAUCACAAUCGUAAAGCUCAGGACAAAACAACCACACCGGUCUUAAGAAGGCCGCACGGAGAUAGCCCGACGCUGAGUUUACUCGGUGAGGAAGAAGAAGAACCGCCAGACCGACCGCCCGUCUAAAGUCCUAUCAGCUCCCCUCGACGGAGUGGUGACUCACAAAGCACACAGGCAAAACGCCCGUCAACCAUCUCCCAAGAGGCCGAGGCAGCGAGGGGAGGGAAAAAUCGAUCAGCAUGAGGCCGGCCAACACAACUGCCACUUUAAAUUAAAUUUCUGAUCGAUUAAAGGCAUUUUACGCUUUGACAAUGAAGAGCCGACCCAGCUCUUUGAAACGUCAGCACUUAAAUGAACAUCUUCCGGAGAGCCUGUCUUCGUCUUCAAAUUGUUUACACUUGUCUUAAGCUACCGAGUGGUUAGGACGGGGGUACACCAAAAGAUGGCAUACUGUGCUAAAAUGUGUAGCUAGUUUAACUGAGCUGCAGCCGUACGAACUGCUUUCUUCUCAUUUUAGUCAUAGGUAUCCAUUAAGAGGCGCGAAUUGUUUUAAUUUUUUGAAUGCAGACUGUCCAAUUUUAAUUUAAGAAGACCAGGUGAUAUCACCGUUCCAGUGGCCUCUGCUGUUUUCCUUGCUGCAUCAAACAGUUCGAUGGCAUGACAGUCAAUUUAAAUUAGUAGGCAUUUGAACUUUUCACACUUUUCUUCCUCUCAUUUCCCCAUGAUAGUAGUAGCUAAAGCCGGCCUUAUGUUGACCCCGUUAUAUCCUUCUAGAGUCCUCUAAUCACCCUCAGUCCCGCAUACGCAAAACUUUGCCGAGUGGUCAAAUAGGCUAUGAUCAGGGCUAGAGUGAACUGGAGGACGACAUAGUGUGCAAACUGGCGUUGCUAUUCAAAUGGAGCCUCUGCCCAAUGAACCGUUUUCCUCUUAUUCCAGCCACACUUAUUUAGAAGUAAAUGCUAAACGCACUAAGCCUCAAAAACAUUAAGAAACUGUCGGAAGAACAAGAAUCUUAUCUUACGUGAGAGGUGGUCCAAAUGCUCUAGCUGCUCUUCAAAUUUGUUAUGCAGUCGUCUGUUGGCAACUACCACAGUUGGGGGACUUGUUUACCUACUGUCUGAACGUCAUUUAGGAUUCCAUCACCGUUCCAAAAACAACUCGAAAUUGUGGACCUUAUGAAAAAUAACCUUUAAUUUCAACAAUUUUACUGUAUAAAGAGGGGUGUUGAUUGACUUCUACAGGGCAAGUGGCAGUGCGCCUUUCUGCAUUGGUUUUCGGUGUAUCAAACGCAAGAGGCACGAGUGUUAGUCUCAAGAUACUGGGAAAAAUAAGGCCAGAUGUGUGAAACCAUCUCUCUUAGUAGGUACUAACAGAAUGCCCUUUCUAUAUCUAACAUAUAGACUUUUUGGCGUUUGGCCCUCUUUAUUGUUGGAAGAUUCAAACAAGCCAGGCCUGCUGGUUAGAGGUCAUGAUGUCUUAACGUAGUUCGUUCACAGCUUUUUGAUGUAAACGCUGUUGACAAGAAUGAGCCCAAAUGUAAGUGCAUUCAGUUUUCCCUCUUGCAAACCCAUCUUCUUUGCUCUCUCUCUAUUGGUAUACGGUUGAUUGCAUACAGAAAUUCCUGUCUAAUUUCGAGCACUAAUGCCUGAGGUGGGCUGGUCAAGCUGAAGUACGCUGAACAAAUUAGUAGAACUUGCCUGAAUUAGAUUGGGCACGUCGUAAAAAAGAUCCCCUGUCUGGAAAAAUGUAAAGAAAGUGUUUGAGCGCAAACUGGGCAUGAAAAUCACUGUAUGAUUGUCUUUAACGUGUCAAUUGCUGCAAGCUUUAUUAAUAAGGAAUGUGUGAUUUAAAUAAAUAGCAUUAUUUCCAAUGGGGAGCGUCUAUUUUAGCAUUGACCAGCGUGCUCUAGGUUAAUCUUUCGUCACUGAUGACUAAUGUGGACUAGAGAACUUCUUAGAACAACAACAACUAUGUAGAUAUCAAAACUGUGUUCGUUACGAAUAAUACUUAUAAUGGGACUGCGGACAUUUUAUCUCGUCUAGAAAAGGCGCUUCUUUCGAUUUUGACGCGAUCAGCAGAACCUGCAAGUGAUCAGCAGUCUGCAAGUGACAUGUGAGAGCGAAAAACUUGACAAAAACAGUUCCAGAGUCAGCAGAAACAGUAAUUAAGGCAAAAGCUUGAGAUCCAGGUGUUUGUAUAAGUAAAGGAUAAUCGUGCACCGGAAUACUUUGUUUAUUGUUCUUAGUUUUCUAACUCGUGCAGGAGUUCAUCGUCAGAGGUAGUUGUAAAAACAGAACAAGCGACAGUUACAUGACUUGUUAGCCAAUUAGCGGUCGAUGGCGCAAGACUGGAAAUGACUGCGCAGGGUUCUGUAGGCCGGCGUCAGAUCGAUAAAUCGAUUGGCUGUGUUGUAAUCUGGGGCCCAGGCUUCAAGUAAUUCUUGGUCUGUUUUGUUUCCGGCGUGGGCGAUUUUUUUGGUGGCUGCAAAAUUUAACUCGUGACCCAUUUCGUAGGUGUGGGCGGCCACCUGUGAUAACCUGUCGUCUCACCGCAUAGUCAGCUUGUGUUCGUGUAUGCGCGGUCCGAUCACGCGUUCCGUCUGGCCUGUGUAGUUACAAUGACAGUUUUAGCACGGAAUACGAUACGCUACUCCAGAUUGCUCCUCAGACUUUAUCAGGUCUUUAAUUUUCAUGAUCCUGCUGCGCAUGGUGACUAUGGGGCGGUGGGCAUUUCUAACACUUGGCUUCGCGGCUACAGUAGUGUAGUAGCAGAGUCAAAAGCAAUCUAUGACUUCUGUAUUAUUUCAAAAGAAAGUGUCAGGGAAUUUUGGAGAAACGUAUGUAUGAUUCGUGGUUAGCCUCAAGGUUGGCUUCACCGGAGCCUGGCAAUCUUGGUCACUUGUUUGAGUUCAUGCCUCGUUUCUUCGAACUUCCAGACGCUAAAAUCUUUUUAAAUUCUUUACUUGGGAAUUUAACCGUGACUAUCAGAAUACCACCACUUGAAUCAUCAAUCGAUCUAGCAGUUGAAGGUGCAACGUCAAGGUCAAAACACUGCCUGUGCACCAAGGGGUCUCCUUAAAGGCAUUAAGCUAUAUCUUCUGAGUUGGCACGGCAUUAUCGGUUUCUUUAAUUUCAUUGACACUGGUGGGUUUAACAAAAGACCACAUGGGUCGUUUGUGCGCACGCCAUGUGCUAGUCCUCACAUUAUCCGCAUGCGGUCAGGUUACUCAGCUUUCUUGCGUGAAUGGUCUAUGAGCGUCGGAAGACAUUGAGACUCACGCGGUCGGCUCAAAUGGAUGUAUGGCUGGGAAAUUAUACCACGGGUGUGCGAAAUACUGCAGUUCUCUUUUUGCCCAGCCUUAGUGCUCGAUCAUGAUUCUUCCUGAAAUGUUCUGCUUCUUUAAAUAAGAUGCGUUGUAUUCCCUGUGGACGCCCGUUGUCUUCCGAAAACCCUUCACAAACAAACCUAGUCAGGGAUAUAAGGCAUUGUUGGGACAAAAUACGUAUGCCAACAUACCGCCGGAAGUGACAUUUUUCACGACUUGAUAUACCAACAUCAGUGAUUCUUGCGCUUCGACUUCGUAUGGGCAGUGGGUUGGGGGGUUGACUUAUGAGAACACAAAUGCCACAUCUUAUACAUCAUUCGUUCAAGGGUGGUUAGUACUGUGAGAUUCCUUUUCCAUUUGCUUUUGUCAGCAUCGUGGUUAGGUGACCAGUCGUGUAACGCCACCUUUAAUUCUGCAUUUGAUAAUUAUAUUUUUUGCAAAAGUCGUCAACCCCAGUCAGUCAAAUGCACUGACUGAUCAGGUUUGACUCCAUUCCGUCUGAUCAUAUGCUGCUAGGUUUGAGAAAAAUGUGAACAUUCUUCGAAAUGGAUGGAUAUACGUUAUGGGUAAAUUGCGCUGCACCCGUAAUCUGCUUAUAAAGACGCGGACUGUUACAAAACUGUGUUGGCGUCUUGCAUGUAUUUUCGUCUAGUGAGCGGAUAAAUCGGGAGAAGUACAGAAUUGAAUCCCUGUGGCUCGUUGCGCAGCUAUCGGUCUAUCCUAUUGUGCUGCACUUUCAGUCGCGUGCAUGCUGUCGACGUGACGGUACAAGUUUUCGCGAGUGUUUAUCUGCGAAUGUCUCUGAAAGUUUAUCUGCGAAUGUCUAUGAUGAUGGAUUCGAGUGAGAAUCCGAAACGUCAGGCCAAUAAAUUUCUUGUUCCAGUGAUCGCAUCUUCGUCUUCUGGUACAAGUUUUAUCGAUAGAAACGAACAGGCGAGUUUCAGGAGUCGGUUUAGAAGACGAAAAUGCGGUCAUUGGAACAAGAAAGUUAUUGGCCCGAAGUUUUGGAUUUUCACUCAAACCCAUCAUCAUGGACAGUCGCAGAUAAGAGAACAGUUUUUUCUUACAUCACGUGCAUGUUUGGCAAGACGUUCUUGCCCCCCCCCCCCGACGCCUAACACUCAAGGCUCCUAGAAUGGGUCCGCUCACUCUCGCAAUCUGAAAUAUGUAGACAAUGUUAGGAGCAACCAGCUGGAGCUGAGGACAGCCCUUGUCGCUAGAAAAUUGGCACGCCAAAAUAUGGAUAUCGUUAGUCUCAGCAAGACCCAUUUUUCGGAACGAGACCAACUGGGGGAGGUGGGUGUCGGCUAGAUCUUCUUCUAGAACGGCCUCCCAAAUUCUAAGGGACGCGAAGUCGGGGUCGCCUUUGCCCUUCAGAACGAUAUCGUAGGACGACUCCCCGGACUGCCGCAGGACGUCAACGACCACCUCGUGAGACCGGGCCUGCCUCAUUGGGGAGCCAAAUUUGCCACCAGCAUAACUGUCUACGUCUCCCCCCACCCAAUAAGUAACUCAGAUGAAGUAAAUAGCAAAUCCUAAGAGGAUCUGACCGCCCUCCUGAGGACUGUAGCCAGGACGAACUUGCCGAUUAUCCUUGGUGACUUCACUGCUUGCGUCAAGCGGACCACGGUGCCUGAAGGGGAAUGUUAGGUCCUCAUGGAAUUGUCGGCCACAACGACUAUGGACUCUUUCUUCUCUAAACCUGCGCAGAAUACCGCCUCCUCCUGACGACGCGGGAGAAGACAACCUCCGCUGGCACCUGCCCGAUUACGCUCUCGUUUGGUGGAAAGAUCGGCAGGACGCGCUAGUGACAAAGGUGAUCGGGGGAGCCAGCAGCUGGACUGACCACCGCCUUGUCCUCUUCAAGAUGAGGUUCCGGCAUUAACCACACAGGCGACCACAAGGUAAGCGACCACUGGACAUGAUAAGUGCCGUCCUGUCGAACUUACCUGCUUGUCACUUCGAUUUCAGCAAUCAUCUGACCAGGCAACAAAAAAGUCUGCAAGCUCCAGGUGAAAGCGCGCCCGUGGCGACACUCUAGUGCCAACUGCGGAACGCCAUCUCUACACCGCACUGGAUGUCCCUGGACGCUUACGUGGUCAACUCCAGGACUGGUUUGACGACAAGACGUAGAUAUUAACAAUCGGCCGGUCGAAAAGAGCAGGCCAUGCUAAGUUUGCAUCGAUCACCAGGCAGACGCAAACAAGGACGGAUUCCUCAGAUGUGGCCGCGCUGUGCAGCAACGGCUGUGGGAAAUGCCGGACGCCAGGAUAGUUCGCAAGGCCUAGGAGAUACAAGGACACGCGAGCCGUAAAGAGACAGAGAACUACUUCUCUUCACUCAGGACGUUCUACGGCCCCACGCUCAAGGGAGUCGUCCCGCUUCUCAGCUCUGACGGGACGACACUUCUAAUAAAUAAUCCACAUAUCCGGAAGCGCCGAUCCUAAAGCGCCCCGCCACGAUCUAAGCCACCUUCAUCGGCCAGCUUCCAUACGCGGAAACGAACACCGACCUGGACCUAAGAGUAUCCCUCCCUCCCAGAAACCGUCCGAGCCGUACCUCAACUCUCCAGGGGGAAGAUAUCAGACUCGGAUUUGUGGAUUUUAUUUCAGUUACUAAUGCGAGCGAAAACUCUAAUCGCCGGGGGACAUCAUAAGCAUUUCGUACUUUACCAAACAUAAUUUCCAAGUAGUAUUGUGCAUCUGGCUACUGGCACAGUGCACUGUUGCAUAUAAUUGCCUAUACUGUAAGAUUCAACUCAGCGCUAACCUUGUUCUGAUAUAGUCUUGUGGGCGCUUCAUAACUCCCAAUAAUGAUUGUUACAACAACUAUUGUAAAUCUGAUAUCCAGCUAGCACCUAAAAUAGUUCGACUGUGGAUUACAUUUCUCUAGCUAUUUUAACUUGGUUUUCUUUUUCCCCAUACGUAUUCAUCUAAAUACUUAUGCUGCUUGUAACAGAUAUGGAGUUCUAAGGUGCAAACCUGAAUUUUACUUAAGUAGACCGAGCUGAACUGGAAUGCACAUCUGCCAUCCUCCAUGUUACAAAUAAACCACCAAUGCGCUGUCAUAAAUGUCCGUAUUUUAACUGUCGAUAUUAAUACUUAAAAGACAACAUUUCGUAGCAGAGCUGUUUGACCUAAGUUUAUAAAAGAAACUUAUUGGUAGGUAAAUGCACUUGUUUUAAUUGACAUGCUUUCAAUAUAUCGUUACGUAUUCUGUUGGCAUACAAACCCUUUAGGUAGACCAAUGAAAAUCGAGUUGAGAGUAUUUUUAAAUAUUUAAACAAUGUUACAAAAAGCUCAUGCGCAAAUAUUUUAAUAUGGAUAAAGAGCUGGGGCCUGCGAAUUUUCAUUUUAUAUUUGGCAAUAAAAGGUGAAGUCGUCUGGCAAUGUUGGCAUUUAUUUCAAAGAAAGUUUCGAGGACUAGCGCCGGUCAAAAUAUUUGAUCUGGGACUUACAGUCAGUGUCUGCCUGUUUGCUUGCUCGUACAUCCUUAUUAUCACUAAAAGGACACAUGAAUAUCCGAGCCGACUUGACAGGCCGCAAUCUUAGUCCAUCUCGAAAUGAGCUUUAAGCUUUCCUUUGCUGGGCAUCCUUCCCUAAUUCCAUUGCUUAUUUGUCCAUCAGCUAGCUGACGUAAACCUUGUUAAUGUUUGUCUUCACAAUAGAUGAAAAAUUCGCAUACACCUGGAAGGGGUCAUGUUAUCUAUCGCCGAUUCCGUCGAUCACCUAAACCCUAUGGGGUUAUAACUAUUUCAGCGCCGUAGUUUAUCCUUCAUUAUAGAGAUCUAAUUGGCAGUCGUCAAGGUUGCUGGUGGAGACGGUUUCGCAUGAGUUCCGCACAUAGUGGAAGGUUGGUGCCAAUUUUCUAAACACCUUAAUUUGCGUGUCAUUUAUUUUGCCCGUCCUGGUAAUUAUCAGUUUCCCAUUCCUUAUUAUUCGCGGGGUUUCUGCAAAUAAUUGGACGAUCAAGUUUCUGGCUGGAAUGUACAUGGCUGCUACAGCUAUUAAUAGCUGUGCGCACAGUUGCAGUUUCUAUCAUAAAGCGUCCUUUAUUUUUAACUAAGGAAUAUUUAGCCCUUGUUGAGUCUCGGUCUUCUGCAUACGGAGGCAUGCCUCUGACAGGGUUGGAACCUGUUCACAAAAGGUGCAGUGCACCCUAACAUAUGGCUAAUAUCGUUCUUGCGCUGACGCGACGUUCAUCACAGUGACGCACUUUCCUGGUGGUUAGCUGCGUAACGGAGUCCAUUGAUCAGCUGAUAUCUAUAGAAUUUUGAAGGUAGCCUGCCUCGAGGGUAAGCGAUCAUUUACCAUAAUAGCAGACUAUAUCGAGUCGAUGUCUAGUGGGCCGAUUUAUCGAGAUGUCUGUCGGUUAGAUGUCAAUUUACCCACUUGUCUUCUCUGACUUAACCGGUCGUUGCCCAGAAUGAAGCUUAGAUGUUACACAGGAGAAGCGCCACUAUCCGGGGAGCUGUCCUGAAGCCUUAGGUGUGACCCCUGUGACUCACCGGUCCAACAAAUACCGAUACUUUUGAUGGCAGUCAUCAGUGCCCAGCGUCGAGGGUGUACACCUUAUUAGCUGACAUUGAUUAGAGGUAGAAACUCGCAACACCUGAGUGCUUGGUAGCAAUGGUUCCCAGCGCAAAAAUAAAACUCUUGCUUUGUUGCCUACUGACAUUGCAAGACCCUGUCGACUAGAGUUGUUCCUGAUACCCUUGUCGCAUUGAUAUCGUGCGAGCCAUGAUCUGAAAAGCACAUUUCACAGAUAGGAGACGUCCUCAUUUUGCUGCACCAGUGCUCGAACGUUGCGUCCCUAUUGCGUGUGCAAAAUGAGUCUUCAUACCCCCAUGAGCAUUGCCCAAUCAUCUCUCAAAAUCAAACUAACUUGCAUACAUGUCAUUGAUCUAUUAUGCACGCCUUAUCAAAAACAUUGGUUUUCCGUUUAAAUAAUUUGCGCUGUCGUUGGGUCCCGCCACUGUGUAAAUAAUUUAACUCCCUGCCAGCCACGUCUCACAAGUCUGCGAGCAUAGAAAUCCGGCCGCGUUUUCCAACCGAAAGCAGCCCAGACCUCUUUUGAAUUCACCCAAGGCUGUCACAGCGACUAAAUUAGCGCAAUAACUGCAGUUUUCAGCUUAGGCAACUAAUGCUAUAAUUCGCAUCCAUUCUUCCCAUGAACUCCGUAAGCUGACUGCAAAGUUGACUAGACUUCAAGAACUAUCGGCCCAUGAUGAUACCUUCGUGGAGCAGAUCUUAGGUACCCGCAGCAUUCCAAAAGUAUGCCAGACCUAGCUUGUUGUAUGUUCCUUGCCCUCGAUGGCGGACGGCAGUAUAAAUGGGAACUCGUCAAUUCUGCUAAAGCUAGGCACCGGCCUAAGCACUUCGAAGGCCUUCUCUACCAAUUCGUCUAUCUUUAAUUGCGGAUAUUAAUCAUUUUCCAGUUGUGUUGAGGCUGCCUCAUCAGGUUAGGCAGCUGCAUGGGGUUCAAACCACCAGCACCGGACUCAGGAGUGAGCGGCAAAAAACUGCUUAACCUAUUUAAAUCGUUAUUAUUGGGUGGUCUAUCGUUCUGAUGACCGUUCUGUUUAACUGCCAUUGACUGGAUCCGUAUGGUUUGUGGUUUUUACAGCGCGGAGUGUCUGACCUCGGUGACAUUGACGAUAUCAUCUUGCUACUGCCAAAAUAAAUCAUUUAGUUUAUCAUUGCUUGUACUUAUAAUCGCUAACAUCAGUUGUGGUGUAGCUGACCCCAAAAUGUAUAGAACCACGAUCCAAUGCUACUCUUGUCCUUCGAUCUUUGGCCUAACCUUCUGAUUGUUGUCCAGUUGCUGUAUCAUUUCGAUCACUGAAGACACCUGAGCUGAGCACCACGGCGGUGGCGCCUACCAGGGCAUUGAUUCGAUAAGAUAACUAGCGGAUUGCUCGUCUUUCGGACCCACUCAGAACGCGACCAAACCAUCUGAGAUGACAUCUCCCGACCGCAGCACCAGCAAGAAACGUCUUCAAUCAUCGAUGGAGUUGCACCUUCGAGUUUUAAUCUGUGAACCGAAGCCGUGGUACUCUUCGGAGGCGAUAGUUGCGAAACAUACAUCUCGUUACCGAGCCAGCGGCGCAUAUGGACAAAGUUUCGCAACCACGAAGCUAAGUGGCUCCUACCUUGUCUUUUUCAGGAUCUCACUACGGGACCACAGGCACAUUUAGAACUGAUUGACCAAAUUCCGUGCCAGUCAUAUGCAGCGGUUUACCUCCUUCUGACAUUGUUCAGUCGGUAGCAGUGGAGACCCUGUGUAGAGAACACCUCAAACCUCCACCCAUGAGAUGAGAUACCGUUUGCAACGCGAAGUCACCCAGUAACACUUUGGUAUCUUGGUAUUCAUUUUGAAACGGUGGGUUGCGUUGUCCCCCCAAUCAAGGCUCGGAACAAGGCCUUGGACUUCCGGGGGGGGGGGGGCUGUUUGGUCGUGGGAAGUUGUAGACCAGGAAAUUAACUCAUGACUAGAGGACACAGCCGUGCCAUACGCCGGCGUUGAAGAUAAAGCACUCGUCUUUUACCCAACGCUCAAACUUUUGUUCACGUGAUCUGAUAGCAAGCCCUGAUUAGGUUCAUGCUUUCAGUAUUUGUGGCUCUUCAGAGUUCACAUUAAUCGCCAGAAUAGAACGCUAUCUUUCUAUGGUUCGCCGCAGACUGACCAUCUGGCCGACACAUCCUCUGCUAAAACCAGGACCGCCUAACCUAUUCCCGGUUCUUGCUGAAGCAGAAGCGGUUUCGGAAGAUAUCCCCGGCCACAUGCGUUAAGCUCACCCCUCUGUAUUUCGAUGUUUCGUUUUGUUCCUUGAGGAGGGGAGUUAAAGCGACCUUUUCCCAGUCUUUUAGGAUAGACUUGGUGUGCAAAACGUUGCGUUGGACCACCCAGAAGUAAUACCCGACAACUCCCGUAGACUUCGGCUGGCAGGUUUUCUACGUCCCUGGCUUUGUUGUUUCAGAAACUGAAUUUUAGCAUCAGACGUCGACGCACAGUCGCAUCCCAGGGACAGCUGUCGCAGGAGCCAUUCUGAACGCGUUCAAAUGUAGCGUUCUCGGCGACUCAGUAAGGUGCUCUCGUAAACGUUGCAAUCAUUCGCUCAGUAAGGUACUAGGAGCCUGCAUUCGUUUUAGUGAUUGUACCGACCGCUGAAUCGUUUCUCAUUGAAUUCCAAAGAUGAUUAUAGGAGAUACCCGUGCUGCUAGCAACGGGGUCAGCUAUAGUUCCGAGACCAUAUUCUGCCAGUGUGGGUUUUAGUCCCUGAUUGUGCAGCGCAUUGCCCAUUCGGAUAGUGCUGGCUGAUCAAAUCUUUGGGCUGGUGCAUACUGCAGCCUAAGUGCACAAGGAUGUGACCUCGGUAAUCAUUCCUCUGUUAAGGUCCCUCCUUCAACUCGGACAGUUGAACGUCAGGAUUUUUCGACAAUGCAGUUAAUAAUAUGUUGAUGAAAAUGAUUCACUGUUUCGUUACAUCAAGGUUUAUGAGCGCCAGACUCUUAGGGCCAAGUGGAUCCAACGACCGUUUCUAUACGUAGAUGCAGCCUGGCUCGUGUGGUCCAAGCUAUGUUUACUGCCCGUCUCGAAUCCAGGCAUUAAGAGACAGUUAAGGGCCACACUUGCCCACAAGAAUGUAAGCAGUUCGUACAGCGGUCUCCCGUCAUUUGAUUAUUGGGUCGACAGGCGUAUUCGGUUACUGUUACCUACUGCGAGCCACGACCAUCCUGUUAGCCCUAAUAAAACGGAGUCGAUCGUCAUUGUCGUGUCAAUUACCAAUGACUAACCCUCGGCGAAGAUUACUCCAAGGUUGUAGGAUCGCCACUGUAUUGUCCAUUCUUAUAGGGCUGUUCGAUCAGACUUUAGUUUAUCAACACUACACCAUCUUUUUCCUUGAGUGGCUUCGACUGAAACAGGUUAUAUUAGGUCCCGUAAUUGGAGUUGCUCAUGCUCUGGAGGUAGCUGUCACCGUGGCAUCAUCCUGAAGUAGCCCGAAUCUGUAGGGUAAGUUUGGUAUCUUAAUGGACCAAUAUCCUAGUUGUUGGGCGUAGUGCCACCCGCUCAGACUGUAAAGGCAUUACUGGCUUAGUAUUUGUGACCACAAGUCGGAGCGUGAUCCCAUGCUUCGACUGCUAGAAUGUUAUUCUCACUUGGUAACUAAACCCUGGGCUAAAUAUCCGAACCUCUAGCAUUCUUGUGUUUGCGAUUCUAGUAUGAUCUAGUAUAGGAUUGAUGUUUUGUCUUAUUCUACCAUUUCCCUAAGCUUAUUCUUCGUUCUGCCUCAUUUCAAUCCGUCCAAGCUAUGCACACCGUUACUAAUCACACAUAAAUUGUUCGUAGCUGAAUUGGUUGAACCGUUAAACACGGACUUUUCUGCUUCUCGCCAAAGGACUUCUACUCGCCACAUCUGUCGUUAAAAAUUCCGGUUUCGCAUACUCAAAGAACUGAAGUAUCUAAAGUUGCCAUCUCGAAAGCCAUAAAUUUGACUAAUCAUGCCCGUAAUCGUGUUGUUCCUACUCGGUUGUUUUUGUAUAUUUUCUGUUCCAGAUCACACUCCCGCUCGAGGAGCCACUCUCCCCGCCGUCCUCGAGUUCACUCCAAACGGGUUGUCAUCGCCAAUAUCCCCUACGAUGUGACCUGGAACAAGCUGAAGCAAAUUUUUCGCGAUCGAGUCGGCUUCACUGGCUUUCUUCGUCUUAUGAAAAGCAAUGGUCGACCGAAUGGCAUGGGCAUCAUGGAAUUCAAGACCAUUGAGGGUGCUGAGAAGGCCAUUGAGAUGAUGAACCGUUUUGAGAUUGGGGAUCGUAAAAUUAUCGUGCGCGAGGAGACGCUACGCGAUCAAGAGAGGAUGGCGCACAUGGAAUUUGAUGGUCCCGUCGGUCAUGAGCCCAGUAACCCCGGCGGCAUUGGCCUCGGUCCUGUUGCACCAGGGCCAAUGACUGCACCUGCUAGCGCCAUUAACCCAUCGGUUGCAGCCAUGACAACUGUGACCCCCAUGAUGCUCGAGAGAAUGGGUAUCAAGGGACCACUAACAGAUUCUUUGUACAUCAGUAAUGUACGUCAUUUGCCGAUAAAAACCAUGCCUCAUUUCACCGUUUAGCUGGAUUACAAGAUCGACUGGAAACGACUGAAGGACAUGUUCAAAGUAGCCGGACGCGUAAUUCACGCCACAGUUAAACAAGAUGAGGAGGGGCGCUCACGGGGCAUUGCGGUAGUUCGCUUCGAGCAUCCCUAUGAAGCCCUCCUUGCCUACAUCCUGUUUAAUGGCCAGGUGAGACUUUUCAAGAUCCUUCCGUUCCCAUCCUCUCGCACUUGAGUUUUUUCCAUUCAGAGACGCCCUGUUCCCCUCGUAGGUAUUUAACGAUCGUCCGAUCCGUGUGAAGAUUGAUCGUGAGGGCGCACAGGUUCAACCCAACUUACCCAUCUUCCCACCCACCGCCGGUGGCGCUGCAGCAGCAGCCAGCUUCCUGACUCACUUGGCCAACAAGACUGGCAACGGCAUGAAUUCCUUCCAGUCCCUCGGUGGCGGUAAUCUCGGCGCGUCACCCUUCAUACCUGGCGUAAUGCCGCAACAGUCGGAGGCUGCAGCCGCAGCUCUGGCAGCCUUCUUAGGUGCCAGCGGUGCUGGGUCUAAUAUGCCUGCCGCUAACCAGUUUGGUGGCCAGUUUCGCCCCCCACUACCGCCGCCUUCGCAGUCCGCUUCGGGUGCAGACCUUCUAAGCAGCUUUCUGGGCCAACAACAGCAGCAGAGUCAGUCCUCUUUUAUGCCUCCCAUGAUGGUGGGCAUGAACAACCCCAUGCUGGUCGGCGGCCAGCGUGGCAACGCCGCUGUGGGCUUUCCAAUGUCCGGUGUCAAUUCGGGUAUGAAUCCGCUGAGCCAGUUGAUGGGUAUGUCUUCGUAUGUUGCUCCGUGUUUUUUCCCUUGGGCGAUUAAAGAACCUGACAUUCAUUUACUGCGCCUCAAUAUGCCCAGGACUAAGACACGCUUCCUGGUUCACAUGCAUGAGUAGGGAAUUCUUGCAGCAGGUUACCUAGGUAGGCAGUGUAGAAAUAGCACCGAAUUCGAUUAUUAAGUGAUAUGUCGGGCAUUACUUCAACCAGCGGUGAGGAUAACCAACUUCUCUUAUCAGAUCAGUCGAUUUUAUGCAGCCUCACAGAAUGAGCCUCCUCAUUCGUUCCACUCCUCUUUGCCUGUAUAUCUUCCGUCAUUGUCGCCAAAGUGAUUUGAACAAACACCGCUAAACGUGGUGUUCAUUUUACAGGCGUCUUGCACUUAUGAGUACUCCGUGCUGUUGUGUUCAUGCCUAUUGCCUGUCACAAUGUACCUGCAUCUGCGGUGAUUGACGGCGACGGGCCCGAUAAGUCAUAUCUACUGUCUUUGUUACCAGCGACGAACAACUACCGAAGGUACAGGAGCUGCUGUGAGUCUUACAAGGACUGUGUUAGAUCAGACCUUGUGUUAACCGCAUAGACGUCUCCUCCUGUGACGGGUCAGUGUUUGGUUUAGGACAGUGUCACUGAGCUGAGGGUGCGUGAAGAAAGGGUGUAGAACAUCUACAGCACCUCCCAUGGGUAGUUUGGGUCUUGGCAGCAAUGUCGUAGUGCUUCAUUUGACGUCCCGUUUUUGCCCGCCUCGCAGAAUACUUUCCGAACGCGGAGAUCCUGAAAAUCUCUACCUCUACUUUUCCAAAUUCAGAGCUCAAGAAGAGGACUCCUUAGGCAGAUAUGCCGUAUACACUAACUCUGACGAAGAUAUCACGUACGAACCAUAACUACUUUCUGAAGCUACAAAAAAAUCUCUGCAAGCGGCACCGAUCUGGCCAAUGGUGUUCCGUUUGGCAAUCAUCUGAAGUUUCCCCCUCCCCGCCCACGUCACCCUUUCACUCGCAAAUUUAGAGGGAUGUAAGGACGCAGCCCGAGAAUGUUUGCGUUUUGCGGCGAAUUGAUGACCAUUAUCCUAGAUGCAACAUUACGUAAUCGUCUGGAGCUUAAUGCGCUAGUAGGGCGACUGGUUAGUCUAGCGACUGUCUGGUAACAAUUAAAAUCGCUUGCAACACUUCCACAAAUCCUGUCCACAUCGAAGUUAAAUAAGGGUGUGACCCGUGCACUUCAGUUGCGUUGAUUUCGAGACGUUUGGUAGGCGCGAAUACAGGCUGAAGUGGGACGGUAGAAAGCCCUCAUCAUGACAGUAGUUUCAUUUAGUACACCACUGGCAACAGUUUACUGAAAUCAGAUGCCCCAGUCAGUUGCGUCGACUGAUCUGUUUGCAGGCAUGGUAGCGUCAUGGGACGCUCCAAAGUGCAAAUAUCUGAUGCAUGCACGUCCGGUUCUCAGUUCUACUCGGUUGGGUCCCACUCCCCCUGCAUGUAAUAAGAAUUAUCAAGGCCGUUGCUGCGGUAAAUGUCACACAUGGUUUUUCGUCACUUAAAGAAGCGCACAAGUUCUCAUCUCCCUACGCUUGCUUAGUUGCCUUAUGUGGUCAGGGCCAUCUAGUAUUGACGGAAAACUUAAGUUCCAGUGUCGUCUCUUCUGGACGUCCUGGUGCCGCCUGACCCUUAUAUUUCGUCAGUGAUUUGAUCCAGGGUCAUUUGGUCAUAUAAUACACUGCAGAGUAGAGGACGCAGUUCUGUUUCGAAGGAAGUGGUUGGUGACUUAUUCUUCGUGCUAGCCCAUGUCAGCAGCAAGAGCGACAUUUUCGUCGUGAUAGAUCACUCAGCACGAAUCGUAGCCCUAGCUACUGUUUGGUGCUCCAAGAGGGUCGCAACGUUGGUCUCCCGUCGCCUACUUUGUCGUUAGUUUACGAAGUUCGCGGAGGUAUUCACGAUAAAGUGAUCUCAAUUGAGCUGCCCGGACGAACAACUGUAGGUCUGUGAAUUCGACCCAGUCAUUGUGAGCCACUGGGUUAACCCAGCAGUCCUUCCUGUUAAUCGCGGUCUGAGGACUCUAGCCAUUUAUAGGUCUUUCAAGUCCCUACUGCCUGGUCUAUCAAAAAAGACCGGCUUCCUAUUUUUUUCGAAAUAUAGGUAUCUUGUGGCGUCCUAACUUUUACAGCGUUGUAGGCUAUCUUGUGCACCAGUUUCGCUUGCCGACUCAACUGCAUAGUGUGCUAGCUUGGCUACGCAAUCGCAAACGGACUAUAGCCGAACUGAGCCAGGCGACUCUUCAAUCAACCACCUUACUAACCCUUUUUGGGUGACUCUCAGCCCAACCAUGCUGGAAGGCUGUUAGGCUUUCCUGACCAGAAUCGACUGCCGUCAGCACUUGCUUUCAACAUCGACUCAGAUAUUUGUUAUGAUGUAUUUUUCUUGAUACUAUUUUUUUCAUGGAAAGCCCAAAGAAUUUCUGUUCGUUUGUGCCCACGACAGUCUGACCGAUAAUCGGUGCGUGAUAAAAUGGAAAAAGCAACAACAACUGAAUUUUUUUACUGCUGUUGCUGUUUACCGACGCCCAUCAUAAUUUUUGCAUCAUGGAGCAGUCAGACCACAGAUUAAUGGCCACUUCUAGCGAAUCCUGGGAGGCAGCGAAUAAAGUCCAAGUUACCGUCACCCUGUUUGCUAACUACUUUCAAUUUUUCUUCCUCACAUCGUCUUCCCUACCGCGCCCCUAGCAUUUUUCCCCUAUUUUGUGUUGUAGGUCUUCAGGGCGGAAUGGGUGGUGGUGCAGCCAUGAGUUCGGGUGCUGGCUCUCCCAACUUCAGUAUGGCCCCACCUGAACGGGGCGGUGGGUCACGAGACAACAUCACUCCAAUGGCUGGAUUGCAACAGUUGUUGAUGGCCGCGGCUGCAGGCGGCAUGUCCCAGGAGCAAAUUGCGAGCGCCGCAUUGGCUCUCGGACUGGGCAGGGUUAGUUGUGUCCGCUUCAGAUUCUGCCUCUCCUCUGCGUGCUUUUUUCGCCUCGCAUUUUUUCCCGUUUCGACUUUUGUCACCUCUCACCUGUCUCAGUGGUUACGCACUGAUGUACUUGGGUUUUUCCCCAUCACUGAAAAGCAGCAGGUUGAGCCACACCCGGGCACCGCCCUAAUCAUUUGUGACGCCAGUUCACUUCUCCGCUUAAUAGUCGACCGCGGGGACGCUGUCAGAUUGCAACCUUUAUAUGUCGAGAUAUUGAGUCAAGGCCGUGACAUUUGAGUGACACACUGGCACAUGUCGUCCCUUUCUAUGUUGUUACUGUGUCGAAGCCUGUGAUUGGUUGACAUCUCAAUCUGGUUCGUGGGUGCAUGCCUGCAAGGUGCUAAGAGUCGGCGCGUCUGAACCAGGCGUGCCCACUAUGUAGCACAUCUGCGAGUGGGCUUGGCUGUCCUUACGGCACACAUGGUUAGUAGUCAGAUAUCAUUAACUUGGACGUUAAAGUGGCUCCAACAGCGCCACUCAGGCACCAAGCACACCAGCCACAAUUGGGUCGGGCCUGUACGCAUGCGUCUAGUCAUGGCCGCUGGCGCGGCUGACACAAGAGGUUACCAGACCUUCAUGGAUGGGGGAGGGGGGGAUCGACCUGAGCCCUCGGGGCCGUCUUUUGUUGUCAACAGAAGACGCUGAACCAUACCAGAGUAUCCUGCAGUCAGGCUGAUUGUUGCGGACUUCCGCAACCUCUUCUUUAAACAAUCCGCAAGCAUUUGGUUUCCUGUAAAUCGCUCCAAAGCACAACUCCUUUCAACCCUUGUGCCACAGAGCAGGCACUGGCUUUGCCUAAGGUGACUGCCACGCGUCCACUCCCUGACACGUUAUGCUUUGAAGUACGUCGACCGGAGAGCUCCUGGAGACAAGCUUGCGAUGCGUUGCUAAUUGUCCCUCCUCAGACUGUUCUGCCUACAAGGAAGCUGCUUCUUCAGCCAUGGUCUUUACAGACGCACUUGGGUGAAUGCCAGCACUUACUGUGUCUGCUAAAACUCUCGUCGUCGCAACGGUCCUUCCUGGGUAGCAACACAGCCAUCCUCACUGAGUCAGGCAUUCAUGCGUUCUACCCUUUGAAUUGUGCUUUUCGGAACUGUGGCACACGAAAUGCUUUAUUCGGUUGAACACGGGAAUGGGCAUUCCUCCUGGAAUUUGGCGCAAGACCGCUUGUACUGCCAGGGGGUUUCUCUUCCGGUGUUUUUUUUGUUUCUGUACAUUCUAUGAAGCCUGUCGGAAUUGUGUUCAUCACAAUAAUAACACUGGAAGUGCAGUCUGGUUUGUUGCACGUUCCCGAUGGGUCAUCGUCCGUUCAUUUGCGUCCUUCGGAAACCUGUUAGACCUGAGCGUGGAGGGCGUUGUCUUAAACUUAGUCGUCAGCUGUUCUCACAGAUAACUCGCUGACUCGUUUGCGACUGUUCUUUUUCUCGGCUUUCAGUCCCAGCAUCUUCACGAGUACACCACUGUUCCUUCUAUCUUUGUCGCCUUACUUUUGGGCACGUUACGUCUGGGAACUGGUGUUUUUUUAUCACGCAUUUUCUCACUUUUUUGUGUUUAUGUCCAACAGUUCUCCGCGUUCACGUCCCAAUUCACUCCUUGUCUUUAUUUCAUAUAGGACGUGACCGGCGGUGGUCCACGGUUUUCAGGCAUGGAGGACUCCGGUGACCGUUACAGUGAGUUUCUCUGGAUUCACCUCAAGAAGCCCUACUGUUACAUUGUUGGCUUGAGCGUACUCUCUUAAUUUAUCUUACUUGAACUUGUUGCGGCUGCGAUUAUGCCUAAUCCAGCCGGCCUCAAUGAUAUCCCAAACUGUACCUCUCUACGCAUGACGAUCCGCGGCAAAAGAUCUAGAUAAUUCAACCCAUUCCCCUCGCCAACGGCGGAGAUCGGAUACCGAAAGUCCACGAACCAUCUCCCGGUCUUGGCUGUCCGUGUCGAGCUAGGUUUUGAGCUGGCCACUUCAACGCCUCCAAUGGGAUCAUGGUGCCAGAUUGAGGGCAUAUUAACACUGAGCUCCUGAGGUGGAUGACGAAGAAUAUGUCCAAACUACCUCUAUCGUCUUUCUUGGAUGGCCUGAGUUAUCCUUGUGAUGUUGUCGCAUCGAGUGCGGACCACCUCAUUCUAGACGAAGUCGGUGUACUUCACUCGAAGGAUGGUCCCCAAGCAGUGCUGGUCAAACAUCUCCAGUCUUCGCUCGUCCUCCACGCGCACAGCCCAGCAUUCGCAGCCAUAUAGAAGGACAGAUGCACGGUACUCGCGAAUCUUAGUCACGAUGGAGGUGCCGCGUCGGAUCCAUAGACACUUUUCUGCCCAGGGCCUCGGUAGUGCUGGUUUGCCGGAUUUUGCAACAUCGAGGCGUCUACAACAUGGAAUUUUUGGCACGAGUGAUAGGUGAACUUUCAAGCUUGGACAUAGUCCAACCCAUGGACGUUACCAGUCUCGGCACCACGCAUCGAUCUACCGUGAAUCCAGCUGCGGAACCUUGAGUUGAUUAGAAUGUAGUCAGUCUGAUUGGCCGUAUGACCGUCGUUUGAAUACCAGGUCAGCGGAUGUUUGUUGCGAUGCUGGAAGCACGUGUUGGUGACAAGCAGCCAGUUCUGAUCAGCGAAGUUCUGCAAUCUCGCCAUCAUGACAUCGAGAACCAAACCCAAAACGGCCAAUUAGAUGACUGUUCGUCAAGUCGUCAGGUCCAGUCCGACCCUUCCAACCCCCGGCAACAAUCAGCAGAUCGAGGCGAGGGAGUCUUUCAACUAACGCCUGCAGCUGCGAGUAAAACGCCCCUUUAUCACGCUGUUCGGCGGCUGAAGUUGGUGCGUACACAGAGACAAUAGAGAUGUUCGUGAAGGGAUUCUUCAGUCGCACGUAGGCCAUCCGGUCAUUGACCGGUUCUCAAGCAAGUAACGCGAGGUCCGCUUGUUACGAGAGGGCAAUCGCCACACCGUGUCUACCAAAAGACCCGCAUUGGCCGCUGUGGUACUGGGUGAAGUGUGAGUCCACCCCAGGGAUCUUUAUUUUCCAAGAGCCUGGGUGAUGAAUUCGAGCUUCAGACAGACAGCAGACAUUCACGUUGUACCGAUUAAGGGUGCGUGCGGGUAGACUUGGGGUGCCAGGGUCCAGGAACGUCCGCAAAUUCCAGUAUUUUAUACCAAGAGUCCGUUCCCGAUUGAGUAGUCCAGAUCGCAUGCUAUUCGCUUGCGCCACUGGCCCAGGGUUGCGGAGCGCGUCGGUUCCCGCUUACGCCGUAGCAUGGGCCGUAAUACUGUAGUCGGACAUAUUUCAUGAGGGAAUUUUGAGUACAACCGGGUCGUCAACAGCAGCUCGGAUUGUUUGUUCGAGGUUAUCUCCUCUAGCGCAUUGGUUUAUAAGCCUAACCACAAGGCGGCGGUGGCAAGCCAACUUAUUUAAUUGCGGUUCACGGUCGUUAUUUCACGGUGCCGUCAUCGGGCUUUGCGGCUUUUUUAUAAGGCUCUCAGCGUGCCAGACCUCAGCCCUCCACACCCUGGUAUAACUGUUGGUUGCUGCCCCGCGACUGCUCACUCGUCAGACCUGGGUCUGCUUAUUUCGCAGUUAGCCUUCACUGAAGGCCUUUGCACUAUCCGCCACCUGUGGACGCGUUGGGUGGCCAGGAGCCAGGUUAACGGGCUACCCGUCUUCCCUGGCUAAAUUUACCCGUUCUCCGUUAAUACACUUCCUCAGUCAUAAAAGGGUUUGGCCAUUGGCUUGAUUUUUCGCGUUGGCCCCUGUAUCCCGCUUCUCUCACGCCCGUCCUUUGCAGCGGGAGAACAGACAAAAAACGACCAGUUGGCCUUCCUGCCUCCUUAUUGUUAACACCGUGCAUUCCGUUAUUGGUGGUUAUUGUUGCAGUUGUCAGAAAUGACUUGUAAUCACGCCUUUUUCGUCAUUCAGCUGGCCGCGGAGUUAACGGCUCCGGCAAGGGUGGACCGCCUGGACACCAUGACCCCUACUCCCGCCGGCCAUCCCGUGGAGACUACGAUGGGCAGCAGCAGCAGUCGAUGCUAUCCAACUCUGCCUCCUCGGAUGGCGGCAGCCAGCGGGGCUUCUCUCGUCACCGAGUUGGUCCCAGCAGCGGCAGUCGCCCUACGCUCCGUCACCACAUGGUCGGCGACCAGCGCUCCGACUCCUCUCGAAUGUACAUGAAACGCGUAAGUGGCGGUUAUUUUCCCCGCAGUACUGGUGGAACCCCCCCCCCCCACCAUCCAUUUCGUCAUUAUCUCCGCGUGAGUUCGGCAUCCUCCGCACGGAAGGCUAGACUGUUGGCCGGCAAGACUGUCUAUCUCCCGUCCUGUGCAUCUAACCACGCCCACUCUGUAUGAGUGUCGAUUUGACAACAGUGACACAGUCUAUUAUUGGCAAAAACCCAACUGUUUGUCUCGAGGGCUAUGAAAUCCUCUGACACUGCAGAGUUGCGGUCCUAAUGGGCUGUUCUGCAGACAUGCAGAAGUCUCUAUCCAAAACGCCUGUAAAAACAGUUUGGGCGAUUUUGCCAGUAAAGCCGAGAUUAAAAGCGAUCGUUUGGGGUCUCGCGGUCAAAUACUACUGAAUUUUCACAGUAAAUGCUGGAACUGUCGAGUUGUUGCGCAGCUUCUGUUAUCUUGAGUUGAAUUUUCUCUGUUGUCUGAAUACCAGAUCAAGAGAUGCUUGUAGCCAUGUUGGAAGCACUUUUUGGGGACAAACUGUCGAUUCUGAUCAGCAAAAUUCAGCAUUUUCUCACCACUUUCUCACCGAGAACCGGACCUAAAGCGGCCAAUAAGGCGACUGUUUGGAGACUCCCGAAGUCCAGCUCGGCUAUUCCAGCCCCGGCAACAACCAACAGAUCACGACAGAGAAGUGAAAAUAUUUUAUCACUCUGUUUGGCAGCUGAUGUUGGUACGCACAUGGAGAAGACGGUGAUGUCCGUAAACUGACCGUUACGUCCCACAUAGGUCGUCUGGUCAUUGACUGAUUUCCAUGCAAGUACACGGUUCGCUUGGUUCCAAGAGGUCGGUCGCCACAAGGUGUCUGCCAGAGAGUCGUGUGGGUUCCUGUGGUACAGAGUGAUGUGAGAGUCGACUCCCGUGAUCUUGAUCUCCUUAGCGACCUAGUCGAGGACUCCGGCUUCGGACAGGCAGUAGACGUCCACAGUAUACUAAUACUGCACCCCGUCAGACUUCGGGCACGAGGGUCUAGAACUAUUCGCACAUCCCUACGUCUAGUACUAAGAAUCCGUUUCCGAUUGAAAAGUUCAACCUGCUUGCCACUCGCCCGCACCGCUGGGUCAGGGUUGCGGAGCGCGCCUGUUCCCUUGGACGCCGUAACGUGGAUCGUGCUACUGUAUUUUCUCACCACUUUCUCACCGAGAACGGGGCCUAAACCGGCCAAUAAGGCGACGGUUUGGAGACUCCCGAAGCCCAGUUCGGCUAUUCCAGCUCCGGCAACAACCAACAGGCCACGGCGGAGAAGUGAAAAAUAUCUUUAUGGCGCUGUUUGGCAGCUGAUGUUGGUGAUGUUUGUAAAGUGACCGCACAUAAGUCGUCCGGUCAUUGACUGAUUCCCAUGCAAUUACACGGUUCGUUCGGUUCCAAGAGGUAGGUCGCCAUAAGGCGUCUACCAGAGAGUCGUGUGGGUCCCUGUGGUACAGAGUGAAGUGAGAGUCGACUCCCGUGAUCUUGAUUUUCUUAGCGACCUAGUCGAGGACUCCGACUUCAGACAGGCAGUAAUCAUCCACAGUGUACUAACGAAGACCGCACGCCGUCAGACUUUUGGUUAGAGGAUCUAGAAAUGUUCGCACAUCCCAACGUUUCCGAUUGAAAAGUCCAACCCGCAUGCUACUUGCCCGCACCGCUGGGUCAGGGCUGCGGAGCGCGCCUUUUCCCUUGGACGCCUUAACUUGGAUCGUGCUACUGUAUUUUCAUGAGAUUUUUGGGCGGUUCCCCAACAGUCGCUCGGAUUGUUCAUUCAAGGUUGCUCCCUAGCGCUUCGAUUCACGAACCUAACCACAAGGCAAAAAACAUAUUUGAUGUCAGUUAGCGGCCAGCAUGUCACAGUAUCGCCAUCGGGUCAUGUAGCACAGUUUAAGGCAGUCGGUGUAUCAGCCCUCCGCGUCCUUGCGGCAUUGUCGCUGCCAGUCCGCGACUGCCUAUUUGCCGGACCCGUGAGUCUGUUUACUUCACAGCUAACUUUCGCGAAGGUCGUUUUACACUACCCGCUACCGGUGGACGUCCCGAGUAGCCGGAAGCUAGGCUGUCGUGUAACUCGUCUUCCCGGUACGGCUGCAGUCUUGCCCCGGGCAUAGUAGAAAACGACAUGACUUGGGGUCAGUUAUAUACGUAUCUUGCAGAUCAUUAUUCCUCGUCAGGCCAGUACAGUUAUAUGGGUGCACAUUAAAUGUACAGUUCCUUUUUGACAACCAACUCUAUAAACAAAUAGACGGCGUUGCUAUGGGCUCGCUUCUUGGACCUCUCUUAGCCGACGUCUUCAUGGGCAAGCUGGAGAGAUGUCAGCUAAGCGACCAGAUCAAAAAGCUGAAACAUUACGGUCGCUACGUUGAUGAUAUCUUUGCGAGUGCAAUCACAGAAACCGACGUUGCUGCCCUCCUGAAUGCUGUAAACCGAGCACAUCCGUCGAUAAAAUUCACGUUGGGGAUGGAAUCUGCCCGUUCGCUUCCUUUCUUAGAUGUCCUUCUAAACAGAAGAUCUGACGGUAGCAUCCGAAAAAGCGUCUGUCGGAAGAAAACCUGGCCUGGACAAUACAUGAACUUCGCUAGUUUCGUGCCUCUCCAACAAAAACGAACUCUAGUCAGGGGUUUCGCACAAAGGGCUAGAGAAAUUUGUUCAACAGACAGUGUCGAGGAGGAAAUUAGAAAAGUCCAGGACUUGUUUCGUGAAAACGGGUAUCCUGACAGGUUCAUUGCAAGGAACAUUGCCGAACGGUCCGCAAAACCCACCACACUGACCGCCGAAAAGAUACCUUUGUUCCUCAAAGUUCCCUUCCAAGGAGACGCCGCGAGUGAGCUCCUAAGAAGCCGCCUUGACCAAGCUGUCUCGGGAACCUUCCCAGCAGCAAGGGUUCGCAUAUCAUUCUCUACUAGCCCUAUUCUACGCGGAGAAGGCAAGGAUAGGCUGCCACCUCAGACCGCCCCAAUGUGCAUCUACUCAUUCAUUUGCUUCUGUUGAGCAGGUUAUAUUGGUCGUACGAGUCGGUGCCUUUCCAAAAGAAUACGAGAGCACCUUCCCCCAUGGCUGGCAAAACGGGAAACUAGGAGAAUAGACAGCGCCAUCCUUGCGCAUGCAGUGGAUUCAGAGCAUCAUGUGGACCCUGCUGAAGCAUUUCGUUUGAUUUAUAAGGUCUCCUCGAGCUACCCUAAGCAGCUGGGCGAGCGCCUGUUAGCAACAACAGAAGCGACCGCCACCAGGUUACGAAAGCCGACUCUAUGCGCCCAAAAGAACCUCGUUCAGGCUUCGCGCUUACCGUGGUCAAAGGUUGACUAACCACAUAAAACUUUCUGUGCCCUUCCGCUCUCGCCUAGCCUGGAAUUUAAAAACCAACUUUUAUCGAUUUUUUCACUCACUGUACCCCGUCCCAUAUAACUGUACCGACCUGACGAUAAGUUACCGAAAGGAACGUUCGCUCGCCACUGUCUCUUCUGAACAUAGUUAUGGGGAUUUUCACAACUGGCAUUGUCGCAGCCAGUACGCGAUUGCCUAUUUUCCGGACCCGGGAGCCUGUUUACUUCGGAGCUAACCUUCGCGAAGGUCGUUUCAGUACCCGCUACCGGUGGACGUUCCGAGUAGCCCGAAGCCAGGUUGUCGUGUAACUCGUCUUGCCUAAUCUAAUUUGUACCAACCCGGAAGCAUAGUAGAAAACGACAUGACCUGGGGUCAGUUAUAUACGUAUCUUGCACUUCAUUAUUUCUUACCUCGAUUGACACUUUGCUCUAAAUACCUUCUUUCCAGCCAGGCGAUGGUUACGGAAACUGA